UAUGGUCUAUAUCAUUCGUCGAGGAAAACUCUGAGUGGAGUGAAAACAUCGGUCACAAGUGACUGGCUAGACAAUUCGACUCAUAAGGCUCUAUUCAACUCGGAAUAUGAGGCGAGGACAUUCCUGGGCACUCUUGAUGCAGCGUUUAUGAUCGCCUAUGCUACUGGACUAUUCUUCUGGGGAUGGCUAGGAGAUCGUUUAAAUCCGAAAUAUGUCAUUGCAACGGGAAUGGUUGGAUCUGGUGUUAUGUUAACCUUUUUCGGUGCUUUUCCCAAGUGGUUUGAUUUCUACAAUGCUGCAUACUACAUCCUCACAUAUUUGUUAUUCGGAAUAAUGCAAGCAUGCGGUUGGCCAAGUGAGAUUGCAAUAAUGGCAAAUUGGUUUGGCAAAGCUAAUCGUGGAUUUGUGAUGGGCGUGUGGGCCUCAUGUCAACCGCUCGGCAACGUUUUCGGAUCGUUCUUUACCUCAUGGGUAUUGCCUUACGGAUAUGAGAAUACCUUCUUUAUGAAUGGUCUUUUGAUGUUGAUUGGAGCAUUUGUUGUGAUGGUAUCGAUUGAUCCAAAACCUAAGGAGGCGCAAUAUUCUCAACUACACAACGAGGAGUCCGGAGAGAGGUCGCAUGCCGUAGAAGGGGAACCUAUUAAGAUUCUCGACGCUAUUCUUCUUCCCGGAGUGCUAGCGUACUGCCUGUGUAAUGCGUGCCUCAAGCUUGUCAAUUACGCCUUUUUCUUCUGGUUGCCGUUGUACCUAACAGAAGCUUAUCACUGGGAGGAGACAACGGCCGAUCAGUUGAGCAUAUGGUACGAUAUAGGAGGAAUCAUUGGUAGCGUAGUUGGAGGUUACAUUUCAGACAAACUUGGAUGCAGAGCACCGUUGAUAGUCGCUAUGCUAAUUUGCUCGAUUGGAUCACUAUUCGUAUAUGCUCAUAUAGGAGCUCACAUGAUAUGGAACGCAUUUUUCAUGACGGUCGUCGGUGUUACGGUAUCUGGUCCGUAUAAUUUAAUUGUCGGCACAAUAUCCAUCGAUUUGGGGUCACAACCGAUACUCGCUGCCAAUGCGCAGGCCAUGUCUACCGUUUCCGGAUUACUAGAUGGUACUGGAUCAGCCGGAAGCGCCAUUGGCCAAAUCCUUGUUCCUAUUAUGCAAAAUUCACUCGGAUGGGAAUCCGUAUUCUAUCUCUUCAUGCUAUUGGUCAGUUUUUUCUUCAAAGAAUUGUCACAUAAGGAGAUGAAUAGGACGACGAUCAUUUUUUCUCUAUGGUGCAACAGCAUACAAAAAAUCGUCAAGUAA